AUGAAACAAGCAGCCAGCAAAGAAAAACUUGGAACUAAAGGGUUCAGUGUAACACCAGAAACGGCUAUUUCCUUUACAAGACUCACUGUCUAUCUUACGUGCAUUUGGUCUCCAUCUACAUCAUCGACUAAAUUAACUUUCAUACUUUUCGAGAUAUUUUUCUGGUUUUCGAUUUUUCUUUCUCUAGGACUUUUAUUUCCUCUCAUAGUUUCUAUCAUUAAAUUUAUUGAUGACACAUUUGUGGUAAUGAAAUCAUUUAUUCUGAUAUCAGGAAUUGUUAACUUCGUUGUUAAAGUUAUUGUCUGCAGGAUUUACCGUCAGGAAUUACAGGAACUGGGAACGUCUCUGAAUAAUUUUGUGAGAAAUUCAAAUGAAAAUGAAAGAUUUUACUUAGAAAAAUACGUCGACAAAUGUUGGAAGUUCCAUGGAUACAUGACUUGCAGCUAUUAUUUGACUACAAGCGCAGUUUUAAUGGGACCCCUGGUACUGCCGGAAAAAUUUCCCAGUGAUGCUGUGUAUCCCUUUCCGGUAGAUCAUCCGGUUGUUGCGACAAUUGUCUACUUGCAUCAGUGCAUUGUCGGGUAUCAGUGCGCAGCUGGGAUGACCUUAGACUGUCAGGCUGCAUUAUUUAUCUGGUACCUGAGCGCCAGGUUUGAAAUUCUUAUUUCAGAAACUGCAAAUAUUGCGAGUUAUAAAGAAAUUCAAGAUUUCAUUAAAACCCACCAGGAUAUAUUACAAUAUGGAAAACAAGUAAUUCGGCCGAUUCGGUUGAUUGUGCUGACAACAGUCACAAUGACUAAAGUUGGAAUGAUUUUUGGUGCCAUUGUUCUUAUAUCGGAUGAACCGAUUACUGUUAAAGUACAAUUCGCUAUACUGGUAGUCAGUGCAACAGUAAAUAUUUACGUUUGUACUUGGGCUGCCGAUAACUUACUGACUGUUUCGAGUUCUACAAUUUCAAAUGAAAUAUUCCACGUAUCUGGGAACCACCCAUCAGCAAUGAGAAAACUUUGGCUAACAGUAAUCCACAGAACACUGAAGCCAAUAACGAUUGACGUGCCGGGCUUUCUGGAGACUCUAUCAAAUGAAUUCUACUCAAAUUUUCUUUCCACGGCGUUUUCAUAUUUUGCAGCAAUGCACGCUGUAGUUAAUUCAUAG